UUUAAAAAUAGGAAUUUCACCUUAUCAACCUUGACACACACCUCAAGGUUGUCCGUUGGUAGUUUUUCAAAUGGAUAAAAAGUUGGUUGAUAAUUAUGUUAAACAUGCUACUACACAUAAUCGGGUUUUAGAAGAAGAACAAUGUUGGCGUGAAAUAAAACGUCGUCAUAAAGCUUCUAAUAAUUCCUCCCGUGAUCGAUCCCCAGAAGGAUCCAACAGUAUUCAUUCUGAACAAGCAUUAGAUGCUUAUGAACGUGAAUUACGUAUUGAAGCAAAACGUAAUCUGGAAUUACGUUCCACUCAAUCAUCAUUGCCCAGUGCUGCAGGUGGACCGAAUGCUAAAGAAUUUUGGCGAACAUUAGCACGUCGACAUUGUGACACCGGUCGUUGGGGUCAUGAUGGUUGGGAUGAAUUACAAAAAGAAGGUCCAAUCCCAUUUAAACAAUCGGAUAGUAUUGAAAAUGUUACUUCGAAAUCUAGUUCGUUAACUAUAACACCUAAACUGCCCUAUCAACAUGAUCAAUCGAAAGAACCACAGGAAGUUGCUGAUGGUAAAAAACCAAAAAAGAAAUCAAAGCAUAAAUUGGCCGACACGAAAUCCAAACGUAAACAUGCAAAAAAACGUAAAGCCAAAUUGAAAAAACUUAAAAAACAUAAAAAAUCUAGUAAAAAACGAAAGAAUAAAAAGAAGUCGAAACUGUCGAAAAGACGUCGUUUGCGUUCAGCAUCCUCAUCGUCAUCCUCCUCCUCAUCAUCAUCGUCCUCCUCCUCAUCGUCAUCAUCAUCAUCGUCCUCCUCCUCGUCAUCAUCUUCCUCGUCCUCUUCAUCCUCCGCUGCUUCAUCACGCUGUCCAUCACCGGCACCACCACCACCACCAACAUCAACAUCAUCACCACCACAACCACCACAAAAACCAGAACUACCACCACUCCCACCGGCUCCUCCUUCACCAGCUUCAUUACAGCCAGCCGCACCUGCGUCACCACCAUCAUCAGCGUCUUCUAGUGAUGAUAGUGAUUCGACCAGUUCCAUUGGAACUGAUGAUGAAGUGGAAUGGCAAGAAUUGAAAGUGUAACAAAAUGUAUCACAGCCUCUUUUUUGUUCUUCUUGUUCUUGUUUUUCCCGCCCUUCGCCCAACACCCCCACGGCACACUUUAUUACAGUGCAUUUUGUAAAUGGACUCAUUACAGUGAAUAUGAAGUAGUAGUAGUAGUAGUAGUACUAUAAUAUAAGUAGUAUGUUUCUUCACCUCUUUCUUUUUCUUGUUAUUUUUACUGUGACUACUACUAAUACUACUACUACUACUAAUAUUACUACUACUUACAACUACUACUACUACUACUACUACUUACUACUACUACCACUACUACUACUACUACUGUUGCUUUGUUCUUAUCUCGUGCCCAUACUCUUUCUAUGAACAAUGAAAGAUGAAGAUUGCUGAACUAUUCAUUCAUUUCUGUGUUAUCAGUCAAAAAAUGAAUGUCAGCUGUUUUCCAGCUGUUAGGUCUGUUUUUUUCUCUUCUGUCAAUUGCAUUAGGAUGUUUGUUUGAUUGUUCAGGGAAAAUGAUGUGUUUUGUGUUUAAAUUUUGCAAAAUGCUCUGUGCUAAUAAAAUGGUG